AUGAACAAAACUACACGGAUCAACAUCCCCUCUUCAUCUUCACCAUCCUUAGCUUCAGCAGACGGUGAGCUCCACGAAGACGACAUCUUCGCAAUCGACAUAACUCACGCGCCUCGUCCCUCUCCCUCUCCCUCUCAACCAGCUCGCCAGUUUCAAAGAACCAAAAGCAGUUUAAAAAACGUGGAACCUUCCGGUAUACUCGCCGCUCUUCCCCACGAACCAUCAGGAAACAGUUACCUAAACCACGUGUUCCAUCACAAACCCGCUUCCUCUAUUCUCUCCACUUCAGUCUCCUCCACAGCUUCUUCCUCCUCGUCUUCUUCCUCUUCCGCAAGAACCAUCCCCACUGCUCCUAAACCGCCUCAAGAACGGCUUCCUUUUAUAGGGAAGUUUCCUCAGUCAGCUCCGGUGCAAGUUCCGAUGAUGAUGAAUCGUCAUAAGAAGGAGUUUAAGUUGACUGAUGUGGUGGAUGUUGAUGAUGAUGAGGAGGAAGGGGAGAGGCUUCCGCCUCAUGAGAUGGUGGCUAGGUCUUUGGCGCAGUCUUCGUUGUAUUCUUGCUCUGUGCUGGAAGGAGCGGGAAGGACACUUAAAGGGAGAGAUCUAAGGCAGGUUAGGAAUGCUGUUUUUAGAAGAACCGGUUUUAUUGAUUGAAGUUUCUUUUCUUUUUUUUUAUUCUUUGAUUUGUUGUACAAUUGAACCGGUUUUUAUUUGGUUACGGUAACGGUCCAAUGUGUUGUUGUUCAUAUAUGUUGUAUAUACAUUACACGAUUUGUUGUUAUUACUUCAUAUCAAAUUAUAUUGUUUGCUUCAUGC